AUGAAGGCUUACUUCGCUUUAUGUCUAGCGUUUUUCGCUAGUUUUGCUGCUGCUGCGGACUGGAAUCCAACCUACUGUAAUGAAACCACCAAGUGUCCUGAGGACCUUCCAUGUUGUUCCCAGUUCGGCAUGUGUGGUACUGGUUCUUACUGCUUGGGUGGUUGUGACAUCCGUCGUUCUUUCAACAUGUCAGCUUGUAUGCCAAUGCCCCGGAUGGAAUCUUUCGAGGAGUCUUUCAAGGAUAUUGACCACAUUGAGAAGCAAAGUGAGUACUUGGGUAACUUCACUGAAGCUGACUGGGUGUACACCGGCCACAUUGCCAACCACGACAACUCUCUUUUGUUGCAGAUGCCUAAUCAGUCCACAGGUGCUGUGGUGUCCAGUACCAGAUACCUCUGGUAUGGUAAGGUGGGUGCUACUAUCAAGUCUUCCCGUGACAAGGGUGUGGUUACCGCUUUCAUCACAUUCUCGGACGUGCAAGAUGAGAUCGAUUUUGAGUGGUUGGGUUACGACUUGGACAACGUGGAAUCCAACUACUAUUACCAAGGUGUGUUGAACUACACCAACCAAAAGAUGCAUGACAUGUCCAACACUUUCGAGAACUGGCACUACUACGAGAUCGACUGGAAGGAGGACGAGCUUCACUGGCUGAUUGAUGGUGAGGUUGUUCGUACAUUGACGAGAUCCGAGACCUGGAAUGAUACCAAGAAGGCAUACAUGUACCCUCAAACGCCAUCCAGAGUGCAAUUCUCUUUGUGGCCUGGUGGAGGUGCUGGCAACGCUCAAGGUACCAUUGAGUGGGCUGGUGGUGAGAUUGACUGGAACUCUGAGGACAUUAAGAAGAAUGGCUACUACUACGCUUACGUGAAGAACGUCACCGUGGAGACCUACGACUUGCCUAGCUUUGCCAAGAAGAACGUCAGCAACCUGACCAAGGGCUACCAUGCAUACUUAUACAACUCCACCGACGCCAAUGAGAAGAAUGUCUUCUUGACCAAGGAUAAGACCUGGUUGGGCAGUGGAGAUGCCACUGGUUUCGACCCAGAUAACGAGGAGACCGUGGAAACAACAACCUCCGGAUCCAAGACUAUCACCAAAACACUGGCCAGAAGCAGAACCGGUACUGUUGACGUGCCUACUGGAAAUGGUAAUGGCGGUGCUGCUGGUAACCGUGGUGGAACUACUUCUACCUCCGAAUACACCGGAGGGUUCGUCCAGAACUCCAAUGCCAGUGGUACCAGUGGAUCAAGUGGUAACUCUGGGUCAGGCAGUAGCUCAGGCGCUCCAUCUUACACUGUUGAACGCAUUCUCGCCUUGGCUGCCGGUGUUGUGGGUGCUGUCUUUACCUUUGCUAUCUAG